ACACCAAUUAAAGCUGGAUAGUAGUGAAAAUCGGUUACUAUACCUCAGCAAUCCAAUCAAUUACACUCUUCGAAGCGGUUGCGCUGGACGUCUCUCUAAAUAUUCGUGACGGACUUUAACUACCGGUGGUCAGUUUGGCAGUCAACCAUUACUGCGUCCAGUCCAAGAAAUAAAACAAGAAACCGGAGCUUUUCUUUGAUGCUGCUCUCUGUCUAUUCUACAAAUUAUAAAUAAAACUGAGGAUCGUUAUGUCAACAUUGACGCAGUUUGUUGGCAUUUCACACCAACUUGGCAGUCAGCUUUCUCCGUUGACUGCAACUGCACCUGUGAGCGCACGGCAGUGCCCCGAGACAGGUCGACCGGUGAUGCUGGAUCCCCGUACCGGGCAAUCGGUGUGUUGUGCCCCGGCGGAGAGUCGCCCAGCCACGCUGCUUCACCCAACCGUGAUGGCGGCCUCGCAUCACGGAGUCCCCGCAGGAAUGUACUCUACCGAGGCAAACUCGGUCCCGUACGGGGCCGAUUCGCCGAUGUUCUACCCACAAGCAAUGGCAAGCGGUAGGGCUAUGUGUUAUCCGUACGACCUGUUGCCGGCCCAAUAUCCAUACUACGGCGAUGGUUAUGGCGCGAUGGAUCUGAACGGCGCCAGGCGCAAGAACGCCACCCGCGAGACGACCAGCACGCUGAAGGCCUGGCUGUACGAGCACCGCAAGAACCCGUACCCGACCAAAGGCGAGAAGAUCAUGCUGGCCAUCAUCACCAAGAUGACACUGACCCAGGUCUCCACCUGGUUCGCCAACGCCCGCCGACGCCUCAAGAAGGACAAUAAGAUGACCUGGUCGCCCCGCAGCGGUGGCGUCGAUGAUGACGACCGGAAGGAAGGCUACGAGUCCGGGGACGGCGAGGAUCGUGACGAUAGAGACGACGGUCUUGGAUCAGACCUGGAGAGUAGCCACAAUGACCAAUUAUCAGAUUUGGAGGAAACGCCAGACAAAGUUUCAGAAGAAUUGAAAGAUGGAGACUUUCCUGUAGACUGUAGCAGCAGUAGCCAUGUAGGUUUAGCGCGUAUUGAGCCGAGGGUACCGGCUGGGUUUGUGGGUACCAACCCGGACAGAGACUCUGUGAGUAUCACGGUGGACGAUGAGGAGAACAGCCAUCAUCAUAACCAUCAUCCUCAUCGGUCCAGGGAACUUUGUAGUAGCCCCCUCUGCCACCGGAGGAGUCCUAGCCCCGCCCCUCUGGCGCCCUCAAUGAUCCGAGCAACCUGCCGACCUACCUCCAGAUCCCCACCGUGCGAGAAACCGCUGCCGGCCUCGCCGCCCCGGCAGGCCGAGAAACCCAAGAUCUGGUCGCUGGCGGAAACGGCGCUGUCCAAGGAAAACCCCGAGCGGUUCGUGCGAGUACCGUGUUACAACAGCAUCACGAGCCGGUACGCACCCUACAACUCCCCCAUGGACUCUGCUGCAGGGCUUGCCAUGAAGCGCCUUACGGCCGUUGCACAACAUCACCAAUCUCCGUACAUCAGCCAAGCACGACCCGUCGGCCAGACUGCCAGCACAUUGCCGUCUUUCAUUCACCCAAGCUUUGCAACUGUCGAUCUCCGCCAAGAAAAAGCGGCCAGGUUCAGCGCGACAUAACGGCGGUCGAUGAGAGGCUGACGGGCCGAUAAGGGGCAGCUUCCUAGCCGGUGUCGAGGCGAUAAGAGAUAUGCCUCGGACAUGUGAUAGACGAACGUGGAUUGACCUCACCCGUGGUUGACAUUGAAACGAACUACCGCCUUAGAUACAACGAUCAGGUGUACAUGAAAUAGCCGUUGAUAUUACGCUGACACCAACAAACUUUGCAGGAAAAUUAAUGCCUUAAAACAUUUUCAAAAUGUUUCAAAUUUCAAAACUUCGUGGAAGGAAUAAGUGCAGUAUUAACUGAUGAAAUAAAAAUGGAGUUUCAGUCUCUCGGAAAAGAACUGCGACCCGCAAUGUUUUACAACAUAAAACGAUAUGAACUGAUAGUUCAGAUUACAUAAAAAUAAGUGGCAGACUAACAAAGCUCAUCCCCCCCCCCCAAAAAAAAAAAACUUUCGCUCUAAAAUGUUGUUCAGAAGUGUUUAUUUCUUUCUUGGGUGAGGGUCUAUUAAGUUUUAUCCGGCUUUCUGUUGACUGUUCUUGUAAGUUUAUCGUCAUAUGAUAUUGAAUUGAAAGGAACGUUAAUCUGUGGGUAGUUGUUAUUUUGAAAUUAGGAACCUAAACCUUGACGCUUGUUUCCUUUGGAGAAAUACAAACUUAUGUAAAAUGUACUUUGUGGAAAAAUAGUUUUGUUUAUUGCAGAAAGAUUCAUGUUUUCAGUGUUAAAUUAUGUCUUUUAAAAGUCAUUGUUGAAUAUUUUGAUUCAUAAAUUAUAUUAAAAGUAUUAUAGUAUCGUUGAAAAAA